GACUCAGGUGUUGUAACACGACACUCAACCAUGUGAUCGGCGAUGGGAAUUUAGAAAGACGAAAAAGCCUUCAACAGACCAGCGAUCCCUCAACACACAAUAGGCUUACCAAACGCACAAGGUCACCAGUGAAAGCGGGAACGGAUCUCGAAGGAUAAUGUGUUAUUAUAAGCAGGAUAUCAAUAAGAAACUGGAGUGUCGCGGUAGUUUCGGUUUAAAAACUGCGUUUCUCCGGUAAGGUGAGGCGGAAGCGACCUGUGAUCAAGUACAUUGGAUAUAAAGCGAACAUAUAUACAGGAUACCUGUUCGGAUUACGAAAGUGGCCACAAAGCUUGCCAGAGACGGACUAUUUUUAUUCCUUUGAUCUGGAAUAAAAUGAUUUAUUGAUCACUUCUGAUCCACCCUACCAAGAGCAUCAGUCCCUUUUGGAUGAGGGUAGGGGUGCAGAUUGACUCCGUCUCGGAGAUGAUACAGCAGGUUGGGCUAUUGGCAGGGAGUAUUCUGCCUCUGCUUCUCAGGAAUGCGUUGGCUAAUGAGACCACCACAAUGUCUAGCAACACUACAGCUUCAACUCCAAGGAAAGACAACAUUGUGGCCAUUGUAGUACCAACUGUCGUCCUGGGGCUGUUAGCUAUUUUGACGGCAGUUCUGGUAUUUCUGUUCUGCGUUGUCAAAAAGAAGAGACAGACGGAGGGGACAUAUCGACCCAGUGCAGAGGAGCAGACAGGAACAAGCAGCGUUGAGACGCCAGAUGCCCUCAAACUACCCAAGGAGGAGAGACUGAUUUGAUGCACUCGGGUUUAUGAUUAGCCUGAAGCACAUGAUAAUGACUCAAAAUGGUCAAACAGAUAAACAUUAUCAUAGCACACUUUCUGAAGGGGCAAGGCACAAAUUUAGCCAAAUGUUUUGGCUAAACAAAGCGAGUCUGACUACUUGGAUGAAACUUGAAGGAAUCCUGAUCCACUCUGUAAAGGCAACAUGUUUCACAGGGCAUAUUAGUGAACCAAAUAUUUAUCAGAAGAAAUCAUUGCAAUAAAGGUUCACCCAAAAAUGAAAAUUCUGUCAUGACUUUCUCACACUGAUGUUGUCCCAUACCCGUUUUUAUUUUUAUGUGGAACACAAAAGGAGACAUUUUAAUGAAUAGCCCCUUUCUCACAUACUGUCCUGGUACUUCCGCCUUGAACUUUCAUGAUGAUAACUACUAAGAGGAACGUCUCACCCAAAAUGACUUUUCCCUCUUGCAUUCGCACAUGCAAAAGUAACCAGGAGAAAUGAGGCACUCAGCCUAUUUUAACCGUGCAGCUCACGCUGAAUUGUGAACUCAGAAGAAAACAUUCUCUCUAAGUGGCUAAGAGGAAGAAUAGUUGAACUAUAGAAAACGACGUAAAGUAAAAGUACCUAAAACAGGCUUAAGUUCCUGUAGUGGGAAAGGACCUAAUAUUUUGGUCCAUCUUGUCAAUACAACGGCAGUUGAUUGUGCCACACUUUAAAGCUUUAAAAAGCACCUAAAAGUAGUCCAUGCGACUUAACAGUGGCUAGUGUGUUCAUCUGAGAAUGUUGUUUUAUCUUUUCUCUCAUAGCGCUCAUUUACUGCCAUUAUAUUAAAAAGAUGGACCAGAAUUGUUUCUAAAAUGUCUCCAUUUUUUUCAAACAUAAGCAAGUUAUAUUUGUUAAGAAUGACAAGAGGGUUAGUAAAUUAUGACAGAAUGUCCAUUUUUGACUGCACUGUUCCUUUAAACAGAAACACCACACCAGCAUGGUAGAAUCACAUGGACAUUUUGGCAAUCAGAUAUGUGGAGUGAUUUACUCCAGACUAGAAGAGGCUAUUUGCAUAUCAGGAUGAAUACUUUUGUCGACAGAUCUGCUCUUAUUGUUCUUUCAUCUCUAGCAUCGACAUUUAAUUCUUAUUUUAAAUUAUAAGCUUUUCCCUGAAUGCUGCAUUGGUUGUAUUCCAUUUUAUUGGUUGCUUUAAAAAAUAUCAAUAACAUAUUCUACAAAUAUCAGUGUUUCUAUAUGUAAAGUGAAGUGUGUACUUUAUUUGCCACCGUUGACACAAAAGGGAAUUGCAAUCUGUUUGUGUGAGUGUGCCGACUAGGUUGGACUUAACUGCUUUGUCUCAACCAAUGAUGUGAGUUUGGGGCUGGACUACUUAUUUGUCUGAACAAGUCCAAACUUGAUUUAUAGGAAUGCAAUUCUGUUUGGUCUGCUAGUGGCGCAGAAAUUACAUACUUAACCUUUAAAUACUGAUUUUGACAUCCAGAUGCUCACAGAUCAGGAUAUCUUGUUGAACCACAUAGAUUAUUUCAGAAGCUGAAUUUGGCGUGAUUUGCCUCAGAUAUAUUUAUCAAAAUGUAAUUAAUCUGAUAUAACAUUUCCAGAAAUUUUAUCAGUGUAACAAUGAAUUGUACUAGGAAACAUUUUUAAUUGUUUUAUCAUAACACAAAUGUUUACACCCAAAUAAUUUCAUGCAAUCUAUUUAGUUUGAGUGCCUGCAUCUAAUUUUUACUGUUGUGUCUAAGGACAGAAUGUCACUUGACACACUACUGUAAACAUAAUCAUAUUGUAUAUGUACUGCAGUUCAUAUUUAUGUACUAAAAAUACAAAGAAAUUAUUUAAAAAAAGACAUAUGAUUGAAGAUCUCUGAAACUGCAACUGGAAAGAUAUGCUUGGAAAUUUUACACUGCAAUUAGUGGUUGAGUGAUUCAGGUUUUUGACUGGUAAACAAACAUCUUUACAGCCAGGUGACCAAUGGCUAAUAUACUGGCCUAUACAGUGUAAUACAAUCUAAUAAUAGCAAAUGUGAUGUACAGUAAAAUGGCUAUUUAUUUGACCAAUAUAUAC